AUGAAUUUAAAAACAAAAUUUAUGUUACCGUUACAGGCGUGGCUAUUGGUCCUCGGUUUAUUGGCAGCAACCAACCUGGUAGCUAGCGAAGAUCCAAGAUCAAAGAACCAGAAGUUUCGAUUUUCACAGCCAUUCGGUAACAAUAUCUUAUCGGAACCAGCUCAAAAGCCAAAAAUACCAUCAUUCCACUUUGGAAACGAUAAAAACAACCAGAGACGACAAUUAGGUCAUCACCUCGGUAAAUUGAGACAAAGUCUCCUGUCCCUGCCAAUUCCACAAAAAGGAUCACAAGAAAGUGGAAUAAGAAGACCAUUAUUUCUAAGAGGAAAUGACAUUGGCAUUCAUCCAGAUGAAAAUUUAGCACUACAACCAAAACUACGAACCUUUCUCAAUCAAGAUCAUCAGCAUGGACAUCAUCAUCACUCUGCCCAUCAUCAUAAACACGGCCACCAUCAUCACGCAAAACAUGAUCACAAACAUGGCCAUCAUGAAGAUCAUCAUCACAAACACGGUCAUCAUCAUGGUCACAAGCACGGACAUCAUCACAAAGCCGAGCACAAACAUCAUCACGGACACAAACAUCACGCUCAUCAUCAUCACAAACACGGCCAUCAUCAUCACCACAAACACGGACAUCAUCACAAACAUGGCCACCAUCAUGGACAAGAUCACAAGCACGGUCAUCAUCAUAAACACGGUCACAAGCACGGCCAUCAUCACAAACACGGGCAUCAUCAUCAUCACAAACACGGACAUAACCAUCACUCAAAACACGAGCAUCACGAGGAGCACAAACACCAUGGAGAACAUCAUCAUCAUCAUAAACACGCCCAUCACAAUAAGCACCACCACCAUCACGAUCAUCAUCAUCACAAUGAACAUCAUCAUCAUCAUGCCCACAAGGAAACCGAAAGUCAUCAUCAUCAUCACGGUCAUGAGCAUAAGGAAGACCACAAACAUGAACACAAACAAGGUCAUCAUCAUCAUCAUGGACACGAGCAUAAACACGGUCAUCACGAAGAACAUAAACAUCAUCAUCAUCAAGAACAUCAUCAUAAACACGGACACGAACACAAGCAUGGCCAUCACGAGGAACACAAGCACGGACAUCAUCAAGAUCAUCAUCAUAAACAUGGCCAUGAACAUAAGCACCAUCACAAACAGGAACAUCAUCACAAACAAGAACAUCAUCAUAAACACGGUCAUCAUGAGGAACACAAGCAUCAUCAUCACGAGGAUCAUCAUCAUAAACAUCAUGAAGAACACAAGCACCAUCAUCACGAGGAUCAUCAUCAUAAACAUCAUGAGGAACACAAACAUCAUCAUCACGAACAUCACAAACAUGGACAUCAUCAUAAACAAGAGCAUAAACAUGGCCAUGAGCAUAAACACGGUCAUGGUCAUCAUGAACAUCACAAACAUCACGAGGAUCAUAAACAUCACGAGAAACACAAGCAUGGACAUCAUCACAAUCACAAGCACGGUCACAAUCAUCACGAUCAUCACAAGCAUGGACAUCAUGAAGAUCAACAUCAUAAACAUCACGAGGGUCACGAUCAUCAUGCCUUUGAGCAACAUCUUCUCUAUGGUGACAAAAAUUUUGGUGAUCGUUUUCAACCGGAAUCUGUCUUCCCCGAAGCUAGUGUUUCAAUGCCAGUGACAAUAUCUAAUUCACCACUCUUGAAAUUUGGAGAUAAAUUUAAACAUUUAUGA